AUGUACAAUCGUUCAACUUCACUAGUCUCCAGGCUGGCUCCCUCCCUGAUGAGGUUUUCGAGGGCAUACCAACUGCCCUCAAGCUCCAGGAAAGUCAUCUCUAUAUACCCGGUGUUGGAGCAAAAGGAGAAAAGGGCCAAUAUAUUGAAAAAGCUAAGUCAAGAGCAGUUGGACAGCAAGCUUGAUGCUAAUAACGAAAGAAGGAAGCUAUUGGCAAAGGGUCACAAGGAUUGCUUGAAGGCAGGGGACAUAAUCCGUGUUGUUUAUGAUCAGUCCAAAUGUAACUACGAUACAUUUGUUGGUUAUGUGCUCUCUGUUGAUAGAAAGGAACUUAUUGAAGAUGCAUCUGUUUUGUUGAGAAACCAAGUGGCUAAGACGAUGGUAGAAAUGAGGAUACCGAUCUUCUCUCCAUUGAUUGAAAGAAUAGACGUAUUGAGAAAGUCAGACGGGAAGAGAAAGAGAAACAAGCACUACUACAUCAGAAACACCAGACUGGAUGUCGGCGACUUAGAAGCCGGCUUGAAGAAGAGGUAA